ACCAGUAUCGUUGCAUGGCUUCUUGUUGGCAAUUCUUGAUAUCGCGAUAAAACCUCAUCUAAAACUUCGCCUGGCAUUUUAUUUGAAUGCUUUUAAAAUAUUUACAUCCAUCCAAUGUUUACAUUUCCAGUUUCCCCGCCAAAUUCCUGAACAGUCAAUAUACCCCCCUGGAAACUCAAUAUACCCCCCUGGAAACAUGCUUAGUUUUAUGAGUAACCGGGGGGUUGGCAGUAAAAGUUUGCCAAUGGUAAAUCAAUGUGGUAAAUACAUAUCAAAUAUGAAAGGCAAAACUAAAAGAGAAAAAGUUAUUUUAGUUUUUGACGAAAAAGAUCGCAGGUGAAAAUAGCAGUAAUAUAAUUUUGUUGCUAAGUGUAAAUAUAGACACUCCAACCAAAAUUUUAUUGCAUAUUUUUGUAAAUUUAUGUCAUUGAAUUUAUAUGUUUUCUGCAUGUGAUUGUAUAAAUAAUUAAAAUAACUGUAUAUCGUAGCCUGGUAGCCAAACUCAUACACUCAUAAAUAUUCUAUUUUCUUCGCUAAUUUCCUGUGAACGAAUGUUUUAUUUUCUUAGAGAUUUCCUGACGGGUUUUCGAAAGAGAAAAAAUGCGCGUAGAAAGAAAGCGCAGGAGGAAAAUCAAAAGAAGGAAGAAGAGAAGCGGAAACAGCUCAGAGAAGAAGUAAAGCCCUAUUUCUUGUUUGUUUAUUUCAUUUUGGGGCUUCGGUGGUGCCAUUGUCAGAGCAAGUGCCUUUCAGAAUUCUGACCUCCAAUAUUGUGGGUUUGAUCAAGUCGUGACACUUACGUGAAAAGAGUCACUCAGUCAACACUCUACUGAACGUCAUAGGUUUUCUCCAGUGUUAAAGUGCCACUGUGUGGCGAAACCAACUCAGUGCAGUAUUGUAGACAUAUGUUUAUUGAUUUUUCAUCAAUAUUUUUGCUUUUCAGAAACGAGAAGCUUUGAGACAGCAUCUUGAAGAAUAUGAAAACCACCAAGGUAUGAAUGAAUUUUUCACCCAUUAACAGCCAACACAUUCCCCUCAACAGGUAAAAUCAUUCAGUAUUAGAUAGAGUUAAGUAUCAAAGUAGGAUGCAUUAGGGCACAUUGCAGCUUAAUGGGUGAAUAUAAUCAUGUUUUUAUAUUUUUUCUCCAAGAAUAUGUUCAUUCAAUUACCAUUUAUGUUUACAGCAAACAACACUGAAAUAGAUGAAGAUUUAGUUGAAAAACCAGAGAGUGUCACUCAUGACUUUGGACAGCAUACAGUGACAGUUUCUACAAUCACAGAUGAAGACAUGGGACGAGAUUUUGUGACUUGUGCUCACCCAACAGAGGUACAUGGAUUGUAUAAUAUAGCAACCAACCUCCUGUAACCUCAGGUAGUUCAGGUUCGGAUACCAAUAUAACAGCUGAGCCAUAUUGUAAAUAGAUGAAUACUACCUAUUUGUUUUUUUAGGUCCAGUCCAAAACCACAGAGAACAGAAUCACCUCAGAAAAUCACAAACAAACUACAAAGUAAGCUAGUAAUGUUCAAACGAACAUUAUCCAAUUUGAAGUAUGUAUGUAUCUCAAUUUUUGUUUUAUGUUAUUUAUUUAGAAAUAAAUUUCAUCGAAAGAAGCAGUUCCGCAAAAAGGCGCAGAAAAGAAAAAUCCAAGCUAUGGGUGAUAAGAAAUCAUUGAAACAGAAACAGAGGGGAAAACGAAAAUAACCAGUUACAAGUUACAAUAACUGGUUAUAAUUACAGUUCAUGUCAAGGUGAAGGAUGUAUGUAAUUGACAGGUUUCACUUGUGUUGUGGAUGUUUGUGGACGUGCAGUUGUCAGAGUGAGAAAAUGUUGACCACCACUGAAGACAAGCAAGUUUCAGACUAUUUACACCUUGGUAUCAGACCAUGUUGGCCCAGUAUCGGUCUGUUUGAAAAUGCCAUGUCACGACAGCACAACCAAAUGAAAUGUCAACCUGGAAACCAAACUAAUGGCGGAAUCAAGCCAACUGUCAAUCUUGUAUCCAGACCAUUAGGUUAGGCUAUGCCAAACCCCAGGUUAGGCUAUGCCAAACCCUCUGUGCCAAACAGGCAUGCUCUGGGUAUGAGAUUGGCCUACUGUACAUAUGUGCAUAAAAAUUAAUAAAAAUCUUAGAUUGAGACAGGACGAGUGCUAUAUUCGUUGUUCAUAACUUAGCUUGC